GUAAAUUAAUUUGCAAUGGGCGGGGCCAGGGGGCCGCAUACCGCUUUCAUUGUCACUCCGGCUCCUUCGCGCACUCACAGGGCUAUUAGCAGACGCCGCUGCCUCGCCCCCUCCGUUCUGCUAUUUUUACAGAUAAAAAGCUGGACAAACAGCCCCGCCCUGUCAGGUCCGAGGAGAAGCUUCACCUCAACGCCGUCUGUUUCAUCCCUCAGUGACUCUUCAAGUCAGCAGGAGCCCCCGCCCCCUUGCUGGUGUCCUAAGGCAGGCAUGGCAGACGGUCGGCAGCCACAGGACCACUGGAGCGCCAACGGCCAAGCGAACGGCGAGAACGGCUACUCGGCCUACAGCUCGGCUUACAGGGAGAACGGAUACCUCAGCGGGGCGGCGGCACAUCCAGUGGAUGACUCAGCCAAUUUGCCUCCCUCCCCUCCCCCCUCUCCAUCUGCCGAGCCGAUUGGGCCCAUGGCACCAGGUGUGGAAGGACACCAGCCCCUCAGUGUGGCUCAUCAGUCCAGGGAGAGAACCACCGAGAGAGCGUACCGCAGCCCAGAGAAGAGGUCAUCGCUGCCCAGGCCAGCCAAAUCCCUGACACGCCACAUCCCUGCUGCUGAGCAGGAAGACCACAGCACCCCCUCCAGGCCAACUUCGAUCCGUACUGAGUCCAGAGCGGACAGCAGGUCUGGAAGAGCCCCAAGUAUGACAGGUACAGACUCUGCGCGUUCCCGAUCGGUGCGUAGCGGCGCCUCCACCCCCGGCUCUGCCGUCACGCCGGGGACGCCACCGAGCUACUCCUGCCGCACCCCGGGCUCACGCACGCCCGGCAGCCACACACCAAAAUCCUUCAGCGUCCUCCAGGAGAAAAAGCUGGCUGUGAUCCGAACUCCACCCAAGUCUCCGUCCUCCGCCCAAAGGCAGCUGAAGGUUAUCAACCAGCCGCUGCCUGACCUCACAAAUGUAAAGUCCAAGAUCAACUCCACCGCCAACCUCAAACACCAGCCAAAAGGCGGGCAGGUCAUGAUCCCAAGUGUUAAACUGGACUUUAGCCACGUUCAGGCCAAAUGUGGCUCGCUGGACAAAAUCCAGCACAUGGCAGGCGGUGGAAACGUUCAAAUCCAGUCCAAGAAGAUGGACUUGAGCCACAUCACUGCUAAAUGUGGAUCCAUGUCUAACAUCCAUCACAGACCAGGAGGGGGAAACGUGCGCAUUGAGAAUGUGAAGCUGGACUUUAAAGAAAAGGCCUCUGCCAAGGUCGGCUCCCUGGACAACACCAGUCACACACCCGGAGGCGGCAAUGUUAUGAUCGAGAGCCACAAACUGACCUUCCGAGAAACGGCCAAGGCUCGGGUGGACCACGGCGCAGAGAUCAUUGUCACCCACUCCCCGGGAGUCGACGCAGGAGGCACGUCCCCUCGCUUGUCCUCUGCUGGCAGCAUUAACGUCCUGGAGUCACCGCAGCUGUCCACGCUGGCACAGGAUGUCACCGCCGCACUUGCCAAACAGGGUUUAUGAGGCGGCGGCCGCCUGAAAAACACACAUUCAGACCUGAAUCCUUCGUGGUUCUUUUUUUUAAUAUAAUUUAUCAUUUCAGGCUGUCUGACAGGAAGUUAAAAAACUGAAUUCUAAGUUUUUUCUCCCCCACAGUCCAGUUACAGUUUGUGUUCUUUAAAAUUCAUUCUUAGUGGCUCAGUGGUGGACGUUCAGUCGUUUGAGAUCAAAUGUUUCAGACCUGAUCUGUGAGUGGAAUUUUUCUCAGACAGUUUUAUGAUUAUACAUCUGUUUUGAACAUGAAACUCUUCAUUGCGUUCCACUUCCAUGGGAUAAACCCGACUCAUUCACAGUCUAUUUAGAGCAUUACUGCAAAAACUAGACUUUAGUCUUAAACGUUUUACUGUGUGACAGACUUCAGCUGCGGCCACUGUGGGAAUCGGUAACGCAAACGCGCUGUUUAGCUAAAUGAGUGGAAUCUUGUGUUUCCGGUGUGAUUACAGUUGUUAGACACAAAUAUCAAACGGCAAGACUGCAACAUUUAAGAAACCCCGAACUGGGCAAGCAGUCAACAAAAGCAAAGCAACGUGCAAUGUUUGCUUGCAAUUUUGAACUAGCUACAUGCUACCUAGCAGAGCUAACUGCCUCGGAGGGCCUAUGAUAACUACCUUGCUAGCUGACUUGGUUGCUACAGAAAAUACGUUAAUUAAGUGAAGCCCAUUUUGUGCUGUAACUGACUGUAAAUGGCAGCAAUCCGUUUUUGGGACAGUAUGUAAAAUUGGUUUGUGUAUCAAGCUUAUAUAAUGACGGCCUCCGCUUUGGAUUUUGCCGCCUCAUAGGUCAACAGUAUCGAGAUGAGUACCUGGUGGCGUAAAUUAAAAAUGACAAACUCGAUGUAAAGUAUCGACAGAAGAUUACGUAAAUGUUCUUCCUUAAACGAAAUUGUGCAAAUCCAGGAAUCGCACGGAAUCGCACUGAAAGCAACUGAAAACGCGACAAACUUUUGCUGUUUAACCUACAGAGAGGUGGCGCGUACUUGCAAAAGACGAAAUGACUGAGCAUGUUUGCGAAAAUGUGACAGAUUUGAGUUGAAUGAAUUUCUGAUUCUUAUGACUUCUUGAUGCUAUAUACUGAAUUGUUUGAUGAAUUGUAUAUCUUUUUUUAUAUAUGUGAGUGUAGUAAAAGUUGUUCCUGGUUGUGUGAUCCCUGCAGCCGCGCUGGCUUAGCACUUACAUUCGCAGGUUUGUCGAGUCAAACGCUCAAAUGCUAGUUUUCCGAUAACGUUUAUUUCUGCGGAACAAUUUUUUUUCACCUGCAACAAUGCGGUUAUGCUGGCAUGGCAAAUAAAUACUUGAAUUUGAUCUUUUGGCUGAGAUUGCAAACAUCCAGGAUGCAUUUUGGCGUGUUCUGCAAAGUUAAAACCUUUUUUUUUUUAAAAGCAUCUUUUAUGAAGAAGUGUUUUAAAAACAUUCCUUUGGAAGAGCAUCAAGCCGCUUUGUUUGUCAGACUGAACUCGUGUGGAUGUUUGGACGAUAUGACAUCACAGGGAAAAAAAGUGAGAAAAAAAAUCCAACCUGCAGGUGUUAGAAUUCCUUUUUAAAAAAGAAUUAAAAAAAGUUUUAGCAUAUUCUCUGGUCGCCUUUGUGUAAAUCUUCCAACUUUGUGUUCUCCUGAUGUUUGUUACCCUGAGGUGUUUUUUUUUUUGUUUGUUUGUUUUGUUUUCUGUGCCCCCCCCACCCACCUUGGCUGUGUAAGUGUAUUUAAAGACCUUGUAGACGUGUGCACACUCUGAAACCGUAACGACAAACAUGACAACUCCAA